AAAGCCAUCAAUUUAUCUUCUGAGUUGAGGUGAGAGAUUGACUUUGAAUUCUUUCUUGAAUCUUGGUUCCAUUGGUCUUAUUAGUGAACAGAGACUGAUAAGAGGCUUGGAUUAGAGUCCCUACGGAUAUCUUUUGGCGGAUUUGCUCAUCAUAGACUCGUCAGCCUUGACUAAUUACUCUGGUUGAUCGAGCGGUGAGACUCAACUCAUCUCUUUCACCCUUUCAAAGCUCGACCUCAAGAAAAGUCUUGAAAAUGGCGAGCUCAACAGAAAACACGGCUGGUCCUCGAAAGACACCCAUUGACAGCCCAGGACCCAACAGCAAACCUCUCCCAAGGCCAGAAUUGACAGACGAGCAAAAGACAAAGUAUGAGGCUCUGCUAGAGCAAGUCAAGGGUAUCACCGAGAUCCAAUGCGAGAAGAAAGCCGACGAGGAGGACAAAUCAGGCCCUAUCACUGAUCACGAGCGCUCAUGGCUCACCCGCGAAUGCCUCCUCCGUUAUCUCCGCGCUACAAAGUGGUCAGUCGACGACUCUGCCAAGCGGCUCAAGGCAACUCUCGCAUGGCGUCGGGAGUACGGUCUUGAGGGUUUCACGCCGGAGUACAUCUCUCCUGAGCAGGAGACCGGAAAGCAGAUGAUCAUUGGUUAUGAUCGUCAGGGUCGUCCGUGCCAGUAUCUCAACCCGGCAAGGCAAAACACGGAUACUAGUCCCCGACAGCUGCAUCAUUUGUUCUACAUGGUCGAGCGGGUGACGGAUCUCAUGCCGCCUGGAGUGGAGAUGCUGAGCCUCAUGAUUAAUUUCAAGCCCAGCAAGGAGCGCAAGAACACGAGUGUGCCCGUGUCUGUUGCGCGAGAGGUGUUGCAUAUUCUGCAGAACCACUAUCCUGAGAGGCUAGGCAAGGCUCUUAUCAUCAACGUACCGUGGAUCGUAUGGGGUUUCUUCAAAAUCAUCACCCCCUUCAUUGACCCCGUGACGCGCGAGAAGCUCAAGUUCAACGAAGACAUGAAGCAGUACGUUCCUCCCGAGCAGCUGUGGAAUCUCGACUGGGGCGGCGAUAUGGACUUUGAGUAUGACCACGAGACAUACUGGCCAGCGCUGAACGAGCUGUGCCGCCAGAAGCGUGACGAAAAGUACCGACGGUGGGAGGCAGCUGGCAAGGAGAUUGGUGAGAGCGAGGAUUAUCUCGCGGGUGGAACGGAUGUCAGUGUCAAGGGAUUCAAGUUUGGUGACGAUGCUGGUGUCAAGGAUGUGCAGGAGAAGUUGGCGGAGACUAAGCUGGAGGAGCAGUCUGUUGCGGCGUAGGUGUACGGUGAUAUGACGCGUGUUUUUGGGUGAGAUGAUAGACGGUUGAGCGUGUGUCUAUGUGCUAGGGCGGAGUGGCGUUGAGCCUCAUCUGAGCUAGAACAGGCCUCGUGGGGGAUCGACCGGUUUAUACAGGUCUGAGGACGCCUGCUCGCAUAGUCGGCAUAGUAUAGACAUUUUUCGUAUUUCCCUCAAAUUGUUUAGUAGGAGACUUGAAUCGGAAGAGGGCAAUGCGCGAAUCGUUCCCGUGAACCAGCUAACUGAGGUUCGGCAUGGUGUUGAUAGUGAAUAUCCUACUGCAUCAUGGGCGAUUGGUCUUGAUCACUCAUGUUCACUUCUUC